AUGGACCUAUGGUCACCGACGGUAGAAAGGGCACAAACAAUGGUCGAGGAGCGCCUGCUUUGGAACCGGUCUUGCGGCUCGCUUGACGGAGAUCCGGAGACGAGGGACUCGCAAAUAGAAAACAAGUCUCCGGAAGAUGGCAACUCCGGAUCGAAAAGAAGAGGCCCAAGAACGACCAUCAAGGCGAAGCAGCUUGAAAUCCUCAAGACGGCAUUCGCACAAACACCAAAACCCACGAGGCAUAUCAGGGAGCAGCUUGCCAAAGAGACGGGAUUACCUAUGCGAGUUAUACAGGUAAGCGAUUAA